AAGUAGGAUUCACUCUUUUUCACAGGGUUACUAAUUAUUUUUAAAAUAAGCUGUAAUUAUAAUCAUACUAGCUAUUUAUGAAAACCAAUAUCCAUUAUAAUUAAAUAAGUAUAUUUACGCAUAAAAACUGAAUACAUUACGAUGGAUCGGUUCGAAUACAUGGAAGCACGUUUGUUUGAAGGUGAAAAUUACAUUAAAAGGGAUAGGAACGUUAAAAUUUAUGACGGAGAAGACAAGACUCAAUUUGUGGAUGGAGAAGUUGUCCUAACAACUCAUAGAAUACUGUGGGGCAAGCCUGGCGAUAUACCUAAGGGACUGGUAUGCCUUUCUCUACACUUGUACUAUGUGUUCUGUGUGGAAGAAGAAAGUGCUGGAGUUUUUGGGCUUGGCGGACUUAAGAGAAUAAUAUUACACCUUGGACCUACUUUACCUGGUAAAAGACCAGGACCAGCUGUAGUCAGUCCCUACCACUUUGUAAAAUUAUCAUUCAAAGAUGGUAUAGACUCUGCCUUUUACAAAGCACUAAACGAAGCAGUCAGUGCAAAAGCAUGGGAACAACAAACCCCAACUUCCCCUCUCUCUGCCUUGAGCCCCAAUGCUAGCCCUAAGCCCUCAGUAGCACCAAGAAGUUCUAAAAUCAGAUCUGGUAUAAUCGGAAUUGAAAGAAGUAUAGAGGAGCAACAUAGAGCAACUGAUGAAAGUAUCACCGUGGCAUUUAAGGACUUGACAAGACUUAUGGAGAAAGCUAAAGAAAUGGUUGCGGUGUCCAAAAAUAUUUCUACUAAGAUAAGGGAAAAACAAGGAGAUAUAUCAGAAGAUGACACAGUGAGGUUCAAGGCAUACCUGAUGAGUCUAGGUAUCGACGACCCGGUCACCAGAGAUGCUUUCCGGUCCGAUUCCGAUUACUACAUGGGGCUGGCUCAACAGAUCUCGGAUAUGAUGGUGGCUGUAUUAAUGGAAUGUGGAGGAAUUAUGUCUCUGUCUGAUGUGUGGUGUCGCGUGAACAGAGCAAGAGGGUUGGAAUUGAUAUCUCCUGAAGACUUACUGAAUGCUUGCAAGUUACUCCAAACUGUUGGUGCUCCUAUGUCGCUCCGAAAAUUUCCAAGUGGAGCCUGCGUCCUGCAACUGAACAGCCAUAGAGACGAGGAAGUUGCCAAGACCACGUGUACCAUGCUCGAAGAAAAUGAAAACCUGACGCCUGAAAAACUCUCGCAGAUCGCAAAUGUGUCCGUCCUCCUGGCACGGGAGCGCUUAUUCACUACCGAGCGUUUAGGGCUCGCCUGCAGAGACGAAUCCAUAGAGGGCCUAGCGUUCUACCCAAAUAUAUUCUUGAGGGAAACCUCCUAGAGUUAGAUCACAGAAUAAGUAAUAGUAUCAUACAGAACGGCCACGCACCGCCCCGCCCCGACUCGAAUUACCUCGCCCCGCGACAGCAGAUUGACGGCUGUUUGCCGGCCGCUCGGUAUCAACGAGUGUGAACGCGACCAGACCAACAAGUGUGAAUGCGACCGAUGGUAACGCGCAAGAAUGAGGGUAGACCGAGCGCUGUCUACACAACUUUGACACCCACCCGCUAUCUUCAGUCAACCGUGAACAUGAUGCAUGUAACUGCGUCGAAAUAUCGGGAGCUCAUAAAUAAUACAAAAGGUAAUCAAGAUCUAUAUCCCGGUCAAUAUAAGUCUAGUGAAACUAACCGUGAAUCAU